AUGAAAGAUGUAUCGUCUCAACUCGGCUACAUCCCGUUCUACUUCGGCUGGACCUACGACCACAUAGAGUGGCAACCAGUAGGUUAUUCUUACGCAGUGAUCACCUUGAAUAAUUCAUCUGGCGCGGCACAACUGUACUUCUCUAUAUGGACAGCCCCAUUUCUGAGCUUUGUGAUCUUCAGUCUCUUCGGUCUUACACCAGAAGCCUGUGCGUCGUACCAGCAGGUCAUCCGCACGAUCGGUGGCUGGUUUGGCUGUCAGCUGGUUCCUCACACGCGCAGGGCGCGUUCGCCUCUCGGCGACAUCGAGUUUGGCGAGCGGCCUCCUCUCGACUCUCUGUCGCUAGGGAUCGAGACAAAUGCAAGCUUCAUCAACUCUGAGGUCCGCGGACAAAGUGUAGAGGUCGUAGGCGCUGAGAACGGCAUCGAAAGUGGGCAUGACUCUGACAAGAACAAGAACGAGGAAUCACCCCGUUCAGUUCCAGAAGAAGCGGCAUAUCCAACUGAAGAGCGCCCGACGCAGCUUUCUGGGUCCCACGAUGCUGCCUCUGGCAAUGCUUCGGUCAUGGUGUGA